GCGGCGCCUUUAACCGGCGCGAUCAGUGCGGCUCGGCGAGUCAUGGCGACCACAGCGUCUAACCACUACAGCCUGCUCGCCUCCGGCUCGCCCAUGGUGCACGCCGAGCCGCCGGGCGGCAUGCAGCCCAGCGGCGGCUACCGGGACGCCGGCGCCCUGGUGCAGGCGGACUACACGCUGCAGAGCAACGGGCACCCGCUGAGCCACGCUCACCAGUGGAUCGCGGCGCUGUCCCACGGCGGCGGCCCCGGCGGCCCCGGCGGCCCCGGCGGCGGCGGCGGCGGCGGCGGCGGCGGCGAGUCGCCCUGGUCGGCGGGCGCGCUGGGGCAGCCCGACAUCAAGCCGGCCGUGGUGCAGGCGGGCGGGCGCGGCGACGAGCUGCCGCCGCCGCAGCACCCGCCGCCGGGCCGGGCGCCGCACCUGGUGCACCACGGCGGCGGCGGCGGCGGCGGGCACCACGCGGCGUGGCGGGCGAGCGGCGCGGCGCACCUGCCGCCCGGCAUGGCCGCGGCCAACGGCGCCCAGGCGGGGCUGCUCUACUCCCAGCCGCCGGGCUUCACCGUCAACGGCAUGCUGGGCGCCGCGCAGCCCGCGCUGCACCACCACGGCCUGCGCGACGCCCACGACGAGCCGCCGCCGGGGCCGCCGGGGCCGCCGCACCACGGCGCCGAGCACCCGCCGGGGCCGCACGGCGCCCACCCCGGCGCGGCGGGGAGGCCCCGGCCGCCGCCGCCGCCGCCGCCCGGGCCGCCGGGGCCGCCGCACCACGACCCGCACUCGGACGAGGACACGCCGACCUCGGACGACCUGGAGCAGUUCGCCAAGCAGUUCAAGCAGCGGCGCAUCAAACUGGGAUUUACCCAAGCGGACGUGGGGCUGGCGCUGGGCACCCUCUACGGCAACGUCUUCUCGCAGACCACCAUCUGCCGCUUCGAGGCCCUGCAGCUCAGCUUCAAGAACAUGUGCAAGCUGAAGCCUUUGUUGAACAAGUGGUUGGAGGAGGCGGACUCCUCCUCGGGCAGCCCCACCAGCAUAGACAAGAUCGCGGCGCAGGGCCGCAAGCGGAAAAAGCGCACCUCCAUCGAGGUGAGCGUCAAGGGCGCGCUGGAGAGCCACUUCCUCAAGUGCCCCAAGCCCUCCGCCCAGGAGAUCACCUCGCUCGCGGACAGCCUACAGCUGGAGAAGGAGGUGGUGAGAGUGUGGUUUUGUAACAGGAGACAGAAAGAGAAGCGCAUGACCCCCCCGGGGGGGACGCUGCCGGGCGCCGAGGACGUGUACGGGGCCAGCAGGGACACGCCGCCGCACCACGGGGUGCAGACCCCCGUGCAGUGAACUCGCGGCGGGCGGCGCCCGGCCUCUCCUCCUCCUCCUCCUCCCCCCAACUUUUGAUUGUCCUCCUUUUUUUUUCUUUUUUUUUUUUAAUUCUCCUAUCUAAAAAAAAAACACACAUAAACAAAAAGCGAGCGAGAGAGAGAGCGAGAGCGCGAAUCAAAGCAGACAGACAAAGCAUCCGCACCGGACUGUCCCUUAGACGGUAGCAGGUGCAGUGCUGUGUUUUGACCUUUCCAGGCGAGUGCCCGUGCAAUGGAGUGGAGUGAGUAUCGCGCACACGCAGGCAGCCACCCGGCAGGGCAGGGGCACGCACACGGGGGCAGGCGCAGGGCGAAGCAGCGCGCGGAAACUCCGUUCCCGGCGGAAAAUUACGCGCUGCGCGGCCGGGGAGGGAGGGGGCGGGCGGGAGCGGCCGCCUCGGGGGCCCCUGCAGCCCCCCUCCACACAAAGGCAGGUCGCAGUGUGGAAUGUCGCUCAGUGUUGGCACAUGCUGCUGUGUUUAUUUUCUGUGGAUCCCCUGUAGGAAUAUAUUAAAAAAAGAAAAAAAUAAGAAAAAAGAAAAAAAUAAGAGAAAAGCUAUCCCUUUUGAUGUAGACAGUAUUUAACCGUACGAAUUUGCACUGCAAGAAAAUCGAAGUUUACAUAAACAAAUUCAUUCUUUUUUUCUUUCCUACCUUAAUUUUGAAAAUGACUUGCAUUUUCCACAGUGAGUGUUAAGUCAACCAGUGACCGGUCUACAAUAUGUUCCUGUGUUAUAGCCUUUGCUUUAUGUGUAUAU